AGCACAACAGCCAUCUCUCCCCCGACUGUCACUCUACGUCCUCGUUCACAAUGUCUUUCCUGAGGCGCAAAGAAAAGAACCUCAUUCCUCCGGUUGAACCUCCCGGUGCGGCGCGUAAUGAGCUCCUGGGUUCUGGUUCUAGGGGGAACAGCACAUCACCCCGUCCACCCCCGUCGUACCGCUCGACUGCCAGCACCUAUGUCGCCAGUAGAGAUGGUGAUCCCUACAACGGCUACAAAGCACCCAGCAGGACUGGGUCACAGACAGACGUAGAGUCUUCUUCCCGCUACACUAGGAGCACCCCAGCGGGCGACUCUUACUCUCGGGGCCAGGGAAACGUGGAUAGGGAUCGUCAAGAGCUCUUUGCUGGCUACAACCCUCAGAAGGGUGGUUCUGGUAGAUUCUUCGAUGAUGCUCCUGCCGAACCCGGCGAGAACGAGGACGAAGAGGUUGAGGGGAUCAAGCAACAGAUAAGAUACACUAAGCAGGAGAGCGUCAAUUCCACUCGGAAUGCUCUCCGGAUGGCUCGUGAGGCAGAGGAAACGGCCAGGAACACUGUCGCUAAGCUGGGUGACCAGUCUGAGAAGCUCGCUAACACUGAGCGUCAUCUCGAUGUCUCGAAGGGGCACACCAACCGAGCUCAAGACAAGACCGAUGAAUUGAAGCAGCUAAACCGUUCCAUCUUCCGCCCUGUCAUCACCUUCAACAAGGACGCCAAACGUGCCGCACAAGAGGCAAAGUUACAGCAACGGUACGAAGAAGAGCGCGAGGAACGUGAGAAGGCUAUGAUGGAUAUAAGGGAGACUCAGAAUCGUCUCGGGAGAGCGCAGACUUAUGGAGCGCAGGAGGAAGAUGAGGAAGGCAUCGGCGGCGGCGGUGUAAGGUCAAGAUUCAAGACCGCUGAGCAACAGGCCCUCAGGAAGGAGCAGCGAAAGCGCUACCAAUUCGAGGCCACUGAGUCUGACGAUGAGAUGGAGAACGAAUUGGACGACAACCUUGAUGAGAUCGCCGAUGCCACCAAACGCUUGAAAGCACUGGGUAUGGCUAUGGGACAAGAGUUGGACAGUCAGGUUGGCAGGAUCGGGCGCAUCGAAGAGAAGACGGUCAACCUGGACAACAAGGUGUUCUCCACCACGGAGAGGCUCAAAAGGAUCAAGUAAACCUUGCAUACCUUACCUGUCUAUUGUUGUGGCAGACUCGCAUCAUUCAGCUAAACUUCUGGGCUCAAUUGUCAGGCGCUUUUCGAGGUCGUGCAUUGUAUAACUCGGACUACAUUCUUUUAGGAUACGCCUUGUAAAUUACUCGCGAGAUAUCGGGAUUUUAAUACGUUCAACAUGGUG